UUCUGAGCUUUGCCUUUGAAGAUGAGGCUCAUGAUAACACUAGUCACUUGCUUACUACUUUGGUCAUUGAUGAUCUUAGUAUUAUUUUUCAACAUCUUCAACCACCAGGUUCAUAAUGCUGCAACCACCGGUUCAGAAAAUUCAGCAAAACCGAGGGAUAAACUGUUAGGAGGCCUGCUUACUGAAGAGUUUGAUGAAAGUUCUUGCUUGAGUAGGUAUCAGUCUUCCUUGUAUCGCAAGCCUUCACCAUUCAAACCAUCCAGAUAUCUCGUCUCUAAGCUUAGAAACUAUGAGAAGCUUCACAAGCGUUGCGGUCCAGGCACGGAAGCUUACAAGAAAGCAACAGAGAAUCUUGUUCAUGAUGACGUUGCAAGCAAAUCUGUUGGUGAAUGCAGAUACAUUGUGUGGAUUGCUGUUUACGGGCUUGGAAACAGAAUACUUACUCUUGCUUCUGUGUUCCUCUAUGCUCUCUUGACUGAGAGAAUCAUGCUUGUUGACCAACGCAAGGACAUAAUUGAUCUCUUCUGUGAGCCUUUUCCGGGUACUUCCUGGCUACUCCCUCUGGAUUUCCCACUCACAGAUCAACUAGAUAGCUUCAACAAGGAAUCUCCGCGUUGUUAUGGAACCAUGUUGAAGAAUCUUGCCAUUAACUCCACUACAAUAGAAAGCAUCAUCCCGGCCUCCUACCUUUGUUUCUAUCUUAUUCACGAUUACGAGGAUCAUGAUAAGAUGUUCUUUUGUGAAAGAGAUCAAAGUCUCAUCAGGCAAGUCCCUUGGUUGGUCUUCAACUCAAACCUUUACUUUAUUCCAUCUUUAUGGCUGAUCCCUAGUUUCCAAACCGAACUUAGCAAGCUAUUCCCACAGAAAGAAACUGUCUUUCACCAUCUGACUCGCUAUCUAAUUCACCCCACAAACCAGGUUUGGGGUAUGAUCACAAGAUCCUACAAUGCUUAUUUAUCAAGAGCAGACGAGAGACUUGGGAUACAAGUACGAGUUUUUAGCAACCCGGCUGGAUAUUUCCCGCACGUCAUGAGCCAAAUCCUAGCUUGUGCACAAAGAGAGAAACUACUACCUGAAGUGUUUGCUUCAGAACCACAAGUCCCUAAUACAUCAAGAAGCCCAAAACUCAAAGCUGUCCUUGUCACAUCUCUUUACCCAGAGUACUCUGAGGAACUAAGGACUAUGUAUUGGGAAGGCCCGAGUUCAACAGGAGACAUAAUACAAGUUUACCAACCAAGCCAAGAGAUGUAUCAACAAACAGACAAUAAGCUUCACGACCAAAAGGCACUCGCUGAGAUAUAUCUUCUAAGUUUAACGGACCACAUUGUCACGAGCGACUCAUCUACGUUCGGAUACGUUGCUCAAGGUCUUGGAGGAUUAAAGCCAUGGAUACUCUACAAGCCAAAGAACCACACAGCUCCUGACCCACCAUGUGUUCGAGCCGUGUCAAUGGAGCCAUGUUUCCUUAGAGCUCCACUCUAUGGUUGUCAAGCUAAGAAUGUGAAGAUCACCCCUUUCGUUAGGUAUUGUGAGGAUCGGAUCACAGGCCUUAAACUAGUUGAUUCAGUUUACCAACCUUAG